GGUGCGUCAACAUCAUGCCGAGUGACGAGCUAGUGGUGCUUCCGGCACCGAACCUCGAUAAAGCCCCCGCCCGCUACGAUAACGAGAUCGACGAGCUGGAUGCACACUGUCAGCAAUUAGCGCGGGACUUUCUGCGCGAAAACCCGACUAUCCGUGAGCAGAGCCUGGCGCAGUUGCGUGACUGGAUCGCGAAGCAUCCGAGCAUUAAGCGGUGCCGUACCGAUGCACGCUUUCUGUUGCGCUUCCUGCGCACGAAGAAGUACUCGUUCAUCAAUGCGUCCCACAUGCUGGAGCGUUAUCUGUCGUGUCGUGUGGUACAUCCGCAUUGGUUUAAGGGACUGGACAUUGAAGAUCGCGAGAUGUGUAGCCUGGUGGAGGCAGGGUUUUUGUAUCCGUUGCUGGAGAAGGAUGCUCGCGGUAGGACAGUGAUUUUUGGCGAUGCGGGCACGCUCGACCCGAAAGUGUACACCGUUGGGCACGGGAGCCGGAUGCACAUGUUGGUGGGUGAAACGUUGUACGAUGACGCGUCGGUGCAGUGUGCUGGGUUUGUGUUGGUGUACGAUCUUUCUGGGAUUACGAUGGGAAUGUUGGGACUGGUGACGUUGAACGAUAUUCGUGAUCUUGCGACGUACCUCAACAACGCUGUGCCGAUGCGUAUUCAGGAGCUUCACUUUGUCAACACACCGAGCCUGGCGCUGAAGAUAGCCAACUACACGUUGGCCCUGAUGAACGAGAAACUGCGCAAUCGUAUCAUGUGUCAUCGCAGUUGGGAGGAUCUUCACAAAAAGGUGGACAAACGAUUGAUUCCCCAGGAGUACGGUGGCGUUAUCCCGAAGGAUGAACACAUUGCGGCAUUCAAGAAGCGUUGCCACAUCUACCGUCCACAGUUGCUCGCACUGGACGAGAUGGACUUUGAGGUUGGACGAGAUUUGGACAGUUGUAAAAAGUCGAUCGCGGCUGAGAUUGAAACAGGCACCAUUGGAAGCUUCCGCAAGUUGCAGCUAGACUAG